GCAAAUUAUCGGCUUUGUAUUCGGUCGAAGACAAUGACGAAAUCGAAUUCAGCCAAACGAAGGUGAACGAGACGGCCAGGCCGACCGGCAACGAGCCCGCCGAUUGCUCUCCCGAUUCGUCCGUUUUCGACGCCGACCAACACACAGUUGCAGAAAAGGCGGCGUCUAUCACGACGACGAUGACGACGACGACGCCCGAUGACCUGACGGGGCCACCGGCACAGGAGUACACGUACGAGAAAUGCAUCGAAGAUUACGUCAAGUACUCGACGUCGGUUCUAUCGAAACAGCAACAGGAAACGACGACCAGUUGCAGCCGAAAGAUCGAAACGACCACAUGGACCAAAUCCAGGACGGAGGCGGAGGAGGUGAUGGCGAAACGACAGGAGGCCACCAAGGCGGACGAGCCACGACCCCCCGAGGCGGACGACAGGAACGAAACAACAAGACGACGACGACGACGACGACGACCGCGUCAGUUGCACUCGCAGAUAACGGCGAUGUAGUGGUGGUGAAACGACGGUCGGUGUUUGAACGAGAACAUUCGGCCGUGUCGUGCGAUAAGGCCGUCGAUAAGGCCGUCGAUAAGGCCGUCGAUAAGGCCAACACGAACGCGGCUAAUCGCAGGUCGGGCGAAUUCUCGUCCACUUUCAAGAACCGACUGUCGACGUUCGAGUUGACGGAAGCGGCCAGCGCAGCGGCGCCGAGUCGCGUCACCCCCGAUCGAGAUCCGCAUUUCAAGAACAAAUUGGCCACGUUUCAUAAGGUGGGCGAGCCAACAAGCGUCUCAGCUGCCCCUCACAUGCCUCCACUACCGGCAUCAACAACAGCAACAACAGCAACAACAGCAACAACAGCUGCUGCAAUCGAAAUGGAGAAGCCCAAUUUCAAAGCGAAAUUGGCCGCCUUCCGGCAAGUGGAGGAGAAGGCGUCGUCGGCCAAAGUGAUGCCGGCCACCAAGGCCACCAAACCGGCCAUCACAGCGGCCAAGCCGCUCCAGUUGAAGCCGCUUUCGGCUAAACCAGCGCCGUUCGUCCGCACGCUUCCGUCGACGGUGACUGGCCCACCCCGGCCGGCAUCGCCAUCGCCAUCGCCAUCGCCUCCACCUCCUGCGCUUCCACUUCCACUUCCACUUCCACUUCCACUUUCGCUUUCACCUCCACCUGCACAAGAACAAACCAACGUCGAAGCUGCAGUGAUCCAUCCGGAACCGAUUUACGCCAACUCGUCGGUGGCCAUGGCCGGAUCGUCGUCGAUGUCGUCGUCCUCGUCUUGCGGACAUCAGCCAGUCGAAUCGCAAUCGCUUUAUCCGUCUGGCCGUCGCGGCAGUCUCCACCGACAUUUCGUUGCGGCUGGUGGGCAAGUGGCCGACGUGGAAUCGUCUUCCGACUGCACCGAAGACGAAGGCAUCCGCUCUCUGUCGCCUCACGGUGGCACCCCGUCACCCACUCCAACGCUACCUACGCUACCUACGCCCAAUGGCAUGCAGCCCUUGCCUCCCCCUCUUCCGCUACAUCCGCCUGUUGGAUAUUCUCCCUACAACUUACAGCAGCAGCAGCAGCAACGUGACAUGGAAUGCCAAGCUGAAAUUGCGGAAUCUUCUUCUUCUUCUUCUUCGUGCGGCUCAUCUGUGCCACCUCAAAUGGCGUGGCUGCCUCCAGCGGAGGCUAUUGUAUGGGACGAUUGGGUAGACUUGGGCGCAGUGGUACAAAACGCGGCGCCACCUUCUGAGAAACCCCCUCCUCCCCCCGUCUCGUCCAAUCCGACUGACUCUCACGUUGAGGUUGACAUUCACGUUGUUGGCCAUCAUUCGACUCGUACUACUUCGACUUCGACUCCUACCACUUGUUCUACUACUCCCACUACUUCUACCACUUCUACGGCCGCUAGCCAUCAACAGGUGAUUCGACGCGAAAAUGAACGCACCAGUGGGAUGGAACCGGCCGGAAUUCGCCAAGAAUUGCGCAAACGUCGCUCGGAUUUCCUCGGCUUUGACGUCAACGCCAUGGAAGAAGAUGCCAAAGAACUGGCGGACGCCAUUCCCCCUCCGCCCGAUUUGAAAACGCUUUUACGCAACUCGGCCACCGAUUACAGGCCGUCUGAAUUCGGGCUGGCCGAGUGGCAACCUCCGCGCGAAGAAGAGCUGGCCCGCAAGGAGCGAGAGAUCAUCGAGACGCUGGAAAAGGAGGAACAGGAACGGACGGCUCGAUCGUCUCGAUCGUCUUCGCUCGCUGCCAGCGGCGGCGGCCUGGCCUGCACAACAGCGGCCUGCACAACAGCAGCGUCGCCUCCGACAACGGGGUCGAAUACGAAAUGAC